ACUGUGAGCGGUGUAAAGUGGGAUUUUAUCAUCUCCAUGGCGACCGUUACGGCGGCUGUGAGAAGUGUUACUGCUCCGGAGUCUCCAGUGUGUGUGUGGAGUCGCACUGGGAACACACAAAUAUCACUGAAAUGUCCGGUUGGUAUUUGACGGGUGCAGAAGGGGAGGGGGAAGUGUGGGUGGUCCCUGAUAUAACCGCGCCCCUUCACGUGACGGUCAAUUAUAGAGAAGCUGAGGCUCGCUUGACCCCACCCUAUUACUGGAAUGCUCCGCCCUCUUACCUGGGGAACAAGAUUUUGGCGUACGGAGGUUAUCUGACAUACACAGUUUCCUGCGACGGAGACGGGCCAAUCAGAACGACCGAAGGCUCUGAUGUCAUCAUAGAGGGCGGCGGCCUGCGUUUGACAGACAGGCUCUCAGAGGCGAUUCCGACGCCACGAUUGGCCGGGGUGAUGAGGAGGCGGGUCUCUCUGAGACCGGAGAGUUUCCGUCAUCUCGACUCGAACGCUGCGGUCAGUAAGAGUGACAUCAUCACUGUGCUGCUGAGAGUGAGACACGUCCGAGUGAGAGCAGCACACUGUCAACAACACAGUCUGUCCUCAGUCAGUAUGGAAGUCGCUUCCGCAGAUUCUCGUUCUGGUGUUCAGGCCCGAGCGGUCGAGGUGUGUGUGUGUCCCCACGGUUACACCGGAACUUCCUGUGAGACGUGUGCAGAAGGCUACAGGAGGGUUAAUGGGACUCUACACCGGGGUGUGUGUGAACUCUGCCAGUGCCAUGGACACGCGUCGCACUGUGAUGACAUCACCGGACACUGCCUGGAAUGUAAACACCACACCACAGGCCCAAACUGCGGCGUGUGUGCUCCUGGUUACUAUGGCGAUGCCACCAGAGGAACCCCGGGUGACUGCCAGCCAUGCGCCUGUCCUCUACAGAAUCCCUCCAACAACUUCAGUCCGACGUGCCACCAGGACGGAGACGGUCAGCUGGUCUGCGAUCGGUGCCGAGUGGGUUACGCCGGUCCUCGCUGCAACAGAUGUGAUAAUGGUUUUUUCGGUUCUCCCGGAGUCGUAGGCGAUUCAUGUCGUCUUUGUGACUGUAGUGGGAAUUUGGACCUCUCUGCACCCCGUAGCUGUGACCCGGUAACGGGGGCGUGUCUUCGUUGCCGUGACGGUUACACAGGACCAAACUGCGAAACCUGUGCAGACGGUUACUAUGGAGACGCCGUAGUGGCCAAGAACUGCCAACUGUGUGAGUGUAACAUUAACGGUUCAGUAUCUGAGGUGUGUAAUAAGGAGACUGGACAGUGUCCGUGUCACCAACGUGUCCUGGGCCGGGCGUGUGAUGAGUGUCCCCCGGGCCACUGGUUGGACUCUGGCACGUGUAGGCUGUGUGUGUGUAGUGGGCGGGGCUCCAUGUCUCCGCGCUGUGACGCUGAGGGCAGGUGUGUGUGUAGGCCGGGCUUCGUGGGCCGCAGGUGUGACGUAGUGAGGAGAGAAACACAGCGGCCGAUUCAGCGAAUCCCACUCAACCAGAACUGGGAGAACAGGAGGGGCUGCCCUCGGGGGGCUUACCCUGCCCCUACGGGGCUAGGGACAUACAUACAGGCAGGUAGUGGGUGUGUCCCAUGUCACUGUAACUCGUUCGGCUCUAAGUCGUUCGACUGCAGUGAGAGCGGUCAGUGCCGCUGUCAGCCCGGAGUCACGGGACAGAAGUGUGACCGCUGCUCACCCGGACACUUCAACUUCCAGGAGGGAGGGUGCACACCGUGUGAGUGUUCUCAUGUGGGGAAUAACUGUGACCCGGGUACAGGUCGCUGUCUCUGUCCUCCGAACACGGUGGGAGAUCGAUGUGAGAAAUGUGCCGCUAAUCACUGGGGUCACGACAUCGCCACCGGCUGCAAGGCGUGUGGAUGUGCCGUGAUGGGCUCAGUCACUCAGCAGUGUAACGUGAACACAGGGUGUUGUUUUUGUCGGGAUCAGUUCACGGGUGAGAAGUGUAACGAGUGUAAGCUCGGCUACAGGAACUUCCCGCACUGCGUUUCCUGCGACUGCUCGCUGUCCGGCUCCAACACCGAAACCUGCGAAGCUGACGCGGGCGUGUGUGCGUGCGCUGAGAGGACCGGACAGUGCUCCUGCAAGCUGAACGUGGAGGGUCUGAGGUGUGAGGUGUGUAAGGUCGGGACGUUCGGGCUCAGUGUGAGGAAUCCUCUCGGUUGCAGUCGCUGUUACUGCUUUGGCCUGAGCACAAGCUGCACCGAGGCCCAGGGACUGAUCCGCAUGAGGCUGACUCUGAUGCCGGAGCAGACGGUGCUCCCCCUAGUGGACAAAGACAACACCAAGGAGAUUAUAUUUGGGGUAACGUUCCAGCAUCCUGAAAUCAUCGCUAACGCUGAGGUGAUUCGUCAGGAACUGGCCGAGCCGUACUACUGGAAGCUCCCGAAACAGUUCAGAGGGUCCAUGAUAACUGCGUACGGAGGGAAAAUGAAGUACGCCAUUUAUUACGAAGCUCGUGACGAAACAGGCCACGCCUCCUACGAGCCACAGGUCAUCAUUAGGGGUGGAGCCAACAGGGACAAAGUCAUGAUACGCCACGUGGUGGAGCCACAGAUUGGUCAGCUGACCCGUCACGAUAUCGACAUGACAGAGCACGAGUGGAAGCACCAGGACAACAAGCCAAUGAGCCGAGAGGAUUUUAUGGACGUUCUGUUCUACAUUGAUAAUGUUUUCAUCAGAGCCUCACAUGGCAAUGUCAUGAGACAAAGCAGGAUCUCAGAGAUCUCUGUGGAGGUGGCGGAAGAGGGCCGGACGUCAGUGGAGAGUGAACGAGCGCAUCAGAUCGAGAAGUGCGAGUGUCCUCAGGGAUACUCCGGCCUCUCCUGUGAGGAGUGUGCAGCUGGGUUCUACAGGUUGUCGUCGCGUGUCUCCGGCUCCAUGUUCAGGUCGGGGAUGGGCAGCUGUGUUCGGUGUGAGUGUAACGGCCACAGCAGCUCCUGUGACCCGGACACUGGCGUCUGCCAGAACUGUCAGCACAACACAGAAGGAGAGAAGUGUGAGAGAUGUUCUGCUGGUUUUUACGGCGUGGUACGUGGCUCUCCUGAUGACUGCAAACGCUGUGCCUGUCCUCUCACCAACCCCGGGAACAAUUUCAGUCCUGCGUGUGUAACAGAGGGUUUUAAUGAUUAUCGCUGUACCACCUGCCCUGAAGGCUACGAGGGGAAGUACUGUGAGAGGUGUGCGACUGGUUACCACGGCGACCCGCAGCGAGCAGGCGGGCGGUGUGAGGAGUCGUGUGACGAUGACUGUGCUGGGCUCCUGAUCAGAGACAUGGAUCGGUUGCUACGAUUGAUUAGUGGUGCGAAUCUGACGCUGCCCCUCCCCCCACCAUACGGCGCUGUGUACCGCGUCGAGAACAUGACCGAUGAGCUCAAGCACAUGCUGUCUCCUCACCGGGCCCCGGAGAGACUCCUGCAGUUGGCAGACAGUAACCUGGGCAGUCUGGUCACCGAGAUGGACGAAUUACUGAGCAGGGCCACGAAAGUGUCAGGAGACGGAGAACAGACGGACUCUGACGCCGAGAGGAGUCACAAACGAGCUGAAGAGCUCGAGCUGUUUGUUAAGAACACACUCCAUGCCGCUGAAGCUCUGCGUGAUAAAGCCCGGGAGCUGAAUGCCUCUCUGGGUCGGACGGACGGCGGUGUGGAGAAGAGCGUGAACCAGAUGCAGGACGAGAUCAAGGCCAUGAUCGCCGAACUCCGCGCACGCCAACUCACACACCCACACACACACACCGUGCAGGAGGAACUCAGGGCUGCUCAGGAUCUCCUGAUGAAGGUUCAGCGCGGCUUCGUGGCUCCUCACCGCGUCUCCGAGGAGCUGCAGCAGGAAGUCGACGCCAAACUGCGAGACCAUGACGACAAACUGCAUGGAGCUCAGGAGCUGCUGGACGAGGCUCAGAGCAACACGGGACGCGCUCGAACCCUGAACAGUGACAACCUGCGCAGACUGGAGGAGCUGCGGAGGAAAAGGAAUGAAAGCAAUAAGAAGAAGAAGGAGACGGAGGGAAUCCUGGAGGAUGGAGAGAAGAUACUGAAUGAAGCUAAUGCUCUCUCAGACAACGUCAACCGCGGCAUAGAGGAGUUGGAGGAGAUGAAGCACAAGCUCGAUCCCCUGCAUGAUCAGCUCGACUACAAAGUGUCCCGAUUGGCUCGAGUCAUGGAGGACGACACGCUGCCCGAACUACUGCUCAGAGCCGAGAACCACGCCGCACAGCUCAACGACUCCGCCGCCAUACUGGACAGCAUCCUGGCCGAGGCCAAGAACCUGUCCUUCAAUGCCACGGCCGCGUUCAACGCCUACAGCAACAUCAAGAACUAUAUUGAAGAGGCGGAUAAAGCAGCCAAGCAGGCGAAAGCUACGGCUACAGAGGCUGUCCAGCUGGCCACGGGACCGAAGGGCGCUCUGAAAGAUGAGGCUAAGGGCUCGGUGCAGAAAAGCCAGCGCCUGUGGAACGAGGCGAAGAACCUAGAGGAAGCUGUGAAAGAGAAUGGAGAAAAUUUGGGAGUUCUGCAGCUGCGGCUCAAAGGCGCUGAUGCCAAGAACAAAGACCUGCUGAAGGGCUUGAACGAAAACUUGGCAAUGCUCAGAGCCAUCCCCAACGACACGGCGGCUAAGCUUCAGGCCACAAAGCAGAGAGCAGGCAAAGCGAACGACACGGCGCGUGAGGUUCUGGAUCGGCUCAAAGACAUGAACCAGAACUUGAUGGGCCUGAAUCGGAACUACAGCAGACUGAAGGAUGACAUCAACAAAGCCAACAACCUCAUCCAAGACCCUGAGAAAAACAUCCACGCAGCAGGUGCUAAAGUGAAGGAUCUGGAGGACGAAGCCGAGCGCCUGUUGGAGAAGCUGAAGCCGAUUCAGGAGCUGCAGGACAACCUGCGGAAAAACAUCUCUCAGAUUAAAGAGCUCAUUAAUCAGGCUCGCAAACAGGCCAACUCUAUCAAAGUGUCCGUGUCGUCCGGGGGAGACUGUAUCCGCACCUACAGGCCGGACAUUAAGAAAGGCCGCUACAACACCAUCAUCCUGAACGUGAAGACGCUCGCCGCGGAUAACCUCCUGUUCUACCUCGGCUCGGCCAAAUUCGUGGAUUUCCUGGCGAUCGAGAUGAGGAAGGGCAAGGUGAACUUCCUGUGGGACGUGGGGUCAGGGGUCGGCCGGGCGGAGUAUCCCGACCUCGCCAUUAACGAUGGAAACUGGCACCGAAUCGAAGCCUCACGUGUGGGUCUGAAUGGCAGCGUUUCCGUUCGGCCCCUCGAGGGCCCCAAAGCCGGCAUGGUGCCCACCUGGCAGAGUGCAAAGUCACCUGAGAGCUACACGGUGCUGGACGUGGAUCAGAACGCUUACCUGUUCGUAGGAGGAAUGUUGGGGAGUGUAAAGAAAGCAGAUGCGGUGAAGACGAUCACAUUCUCCGGCUGCAUGGGAGAGACGUACUUGGACAGUAAACCGAUCGGAUUGUGGAACUAUAGAGAGAGAGGUGGAGACUGUAAAGGAUGUGCGGUCAGUCCUCAGCCUGCUGACUCGGAGACUGUGGUUCAGUUUGAUGGCGAGGGUUACGCUGCCGUCAGUCGUCCAAUCAGAUGGAACCCCAACAGUUCCACAGUGACCUUCAAGUUCCGCACUUUCUCCACCAGCGCUGUGAUGAUGUAUCUUGCCACCAAGGACAUGAAGGACUUUAUGAGUAUCGAGCUGAGUGAGGGUCGUGUGAAGGUCAGCUACGAUCUUGGUUCUGGUACUGGCUCCGCCCUCAGUCAGAAACGACACAACGAUGGACGAUGGAAAUCGCUCACCAUGACACGCUCCAAAAAAGAAGGUACUGUGCUCAUCCUGGACAUGGACACCAACGAGGAGGAGACACUUUUGGUAGACUCUCAGGGAGGAGCGACAGGUCUCAACCUGAAGGAGGGUGAGAGGAUCUACUUUGGCGGUUUACCCACCAUCGGGAACUACAGGCCUGAGGUGACCCUGAGGAGAUACGCCGGGUGUAUGAAGGACAUCGAAGUUUCCCGAACGCCGUACAACAUCCUAAGCAGCUCAGACUACACCGGACUAACCAAGGGCUGCAGCAUAGAGAACGUCCACACGGUCAGUUUCUCCAGGCCCGGCUUUGUGGAGUUGAGUCCGAUGGUGUUUGAUGUCAGCUCGGAGAUCACGCUGUCCUUCAGCACCAAGAACGAAAACGGCAUCAUCCUGUAUGGCCGAGGCGGCGUGACCACCUUGACCCACCUCACCCAGAGCACACAGAACGUCCAGAACCAGAACCAGAACCGUUUCCCAGGCCGCAAACGCAGGCAGACCGGAGAGCCGUAUGUGUCAGUGCAGUUGAAUAAGGGAGUUUUGGAGGUGCUGGUGUUCAGUGGCAGUAGGAACCCUCGCCGCACCAUCAGAAAACCUGAUGGAGGGAUUUUACACGAUGGACUGGAGCACUCACUGCGCAUCCGCCGGCACUCAGGAGGCUCAUUCUCAGUCCAGGUGGACGAAGAGGAUCGACUAGAGCAGCUGUUACCCAACAAUCAGCCAAUCAUUAUCCAGAGGCUGUUUGUGGGCGGAGUCCCGGCUGACAUGGCAGGUGGCCUGCAGAGACCCGGCUUGCCGUUCGAAGGCUGUAUCUGGAACCUUCUGAUCAACACGAUCCCCGUGGACUUCUCCCAACCGGUGGCCUUCGAGAACGCAGAAAUUGGGCGGUGUCCUGAUGUAGCCCCACCCCCUCCACCUCCAGCUCCAGAAGAAGAGGAGGAAGAAAAGGAAGAAGAGGAGCAGGGAGUGACUCCGCCCAAAUUAACACCACUACCACCUCCACCUUCCACAGCCACGCCUCCUGCUGAUGUCAUCACCAUUCCUGCCAUGCCUGUUGAUGGCCAUCAUACAGCGGUGUCCUGUGCGGUGGAGGCGGAGCCUGAAGUGCUGGAUUUAGCUACGCAGUUUGGUCUCUCGAGGAACAGCCACAUGGCGUUCGAGUUUGACGACAGGAAGGUGAAAAACAGUCUGAUCAUCGAGUUCGAGCUGAGGACGGAGGCCGAUUCGGGUUUGGUGUUUUACAUGGCCAGGAUCAACCACGCCGACUUUGCCACGGUGCAGGUGAAGGAGGGAAUGGCUCACCUGAGCUACGACCUCGGCAGCGGGAACACGUCCGUCAGCGUCCCGCGCAUCAUCAAUGACGGACACUGGCACAAGAUUAAAGUGCGUAGGGAUAAACAGAGAGGCAUCCUGACGGUAGAUGGCCGUUACAUCAAACACACCGUGAGCCCGAAGAAAGCCGACAUCCUGGACGUGGUGGGGAAGCUGUACGUGGGGGGGCUUCCUCUAAACUACACCACCAAGCGCAUAGGACCGGUGGUGUACAGCAUUAACGGCUGCAUCAGAAACUUCCGGAUGACGAACGGCCCGCAGGACCUGGAGAACCCGAGCUCCAGCUACCGGGUCGGCUCGUGUUUCAGUAGCACGCAGAGCGGCUCGUACUUCAGCGGCACAGGAUACGCUAAAGCAGUGAGCACCUACAGAGUCGGGAACGACGUGACAGUGGAGAUGGAGUUCCGCACCAGCAGCAGCACCGGAGUUCUGCUCGGAAUCAGCGGACAGACGAUGGACGGACUCGGCGUCGAACUCGUCAAUGGCAAGCUUCUCUUCCACGCUGAUAACGGAGUGGGGCGUGUCACGGCCAUCUCCCAGGGGGCGGAGCUUUGUGAUGGACAGUGGCAUUCCAUCACCGCCCACAAACUGAAGCACCGCCUCGAGCUGAUUGUGGACGGCAAAAAAUCUGAAGCGGCCAGUCCGGAUGCUAGCUCCGCCUCCGCCGACACCAAUGACCCUGUCUACGUGGGCGGAUACCCUGAGGGCCUGAAGCAGUUUGGUCUGUCCAUCAACACUCCCUUUAAAGGCUGCAUGAGGAACAUAAAACUCAUUAAAGCAGGAAAAGUUCUGGAGGUUCAGCUCAACAAAGCACUGGAGAUCAAAGGGGUCCAGCCUCUCACCUGCCCUGCCGCCUAGACACACACACACACAUACACACACUCACACACUUCUCUUAUCUAACCACUUGUCAUGAGAAAACACCAAAGAAAUCUUUUAUGCGCUAGAAGACCCAAAUGAACCCAAGUCAAAUCAUCCAAAUAUGCAACAUACAUACAAUAUACAAUUGUUCUCCAUUAUUCUGUCUGCAUCCUUAAAAAAAAGUUGAGUGUUUUUGGGAACAUCACACUUGUCCUCCAUGUUGCAGUGAUUUUAAAUUAACACAUGGCUCAUAAACUGCUAAUGUGCCUAAUGAUGAAUGCAGCCCGGCUGUCACCGAUUAUUAUUAUUAUUAUUAUUAUUAUUAUUAGCAGCCAUUUCAGACGUUUUGUGUAGCAAUAGACACAACUUUGUUACUAUACUUAAGCAUCAUUUCAGGGGAUUUGUACUUGGCUACCUGACAAUAAAUAAAAAUAACUGUUUGUGCUUUUA